GAUCUAGGGCGGAAGGGGACCUGGGCCGGGGUUGUGUUCGGAUCCUUGGCGGGGCUAAGGUUCCGAUGUGGUCCCCGGAGCGGGAGGCCGAGGCCCCGGCCGGGGGAGACCCGGCGGGCCUCCUGCCCCCCGAGUGGGAGGAGGAUGAGGAGCGCAUGUCCUUCUUGUUCUCAGCCUUCAAGAGGAGUCGCGAGGUGAACAGCACCGACUGGGACAGCAAAAUGGGCUUCUGGGCGCCGUUGGUGCUGAGCCACAGCCGCCGCCAGGGGGUGGUGCGCCUGCGUCUGCGGGACUUGCAGGAGGCCUUUCAGCGCAAGGGCAGCGUCCCGCUGGGGCUGGCCACGGUGCUGCAGGACCUGCUGCGUCGAGGGGAGCUGCAGCGUGAGUCAGACUUCAUGGCCAGUGUAGACAGCAGCUGGAUCUCCUGGGGGGUUGGAGUCUUCUUGCUGAAGCCCCUCAAGUGGACUCUUUCUAACAUGCUGGGGGAUAAUAAGGUUCCAGCCGAGGAGGUCCUUGUGGCUGUGGAGCUGCUCAAGGAAAAGGCUGAGGAGGUGUACCGCCUGUACCAGCAUUCGCCCCUCUCCUCCCACCCCGUGGUGGCCCUGUCAGAGCUUAGCACCCUCUGCGCUAACUCCUGCCCAGACGAGAGGACCUUUUACUUGGUGUUGCUGCAGCUGCAGAAGGAGAAGAGAGUCACUGUCCUCGAGCAGAAUGGGGAGAAGAUUGUGAAGUUUGCCCGGGGGCCACAUGCCAAGGUGUCUCCUGUCAACGAUGUAGAUGUCGGGGUCUACCAGCUGAUGCAGAGUGAGCAGCUUCUUUCGCGCAAGGUGGAGUCCUUAUCCCAGGAAGCCGAGAGGUGUAAAGAGGAAGCCCGCCGGGCAUGCCGAGCAGGAAAGAAGCAGUUGGCACUGAGGUCUCUCAAGGCCAAGCAACGGACAGAGAAGCGCAUUGAGGCCCUCCAUGCCAAGCUGGACACUGUUCAAGGCAUCCUGGACCGCAUCUAUGCCUCCCAGACAGAUCAGAUGGUUUUCAAUGCCUACCAAGCGGGGGUGGGAGCCCUCAAGCUCUCCAUGAAGGAUGUCACAGUGGAGAAGGCAGAGAGCCUUGUGGAUCAGAUCCAGGAGCUGUGUGACACCCAGGACGAAGUUUCUCAGACUCUGGCUGGUGGGGUGACCAAUGGUUUAGAUUUUGACAGUGAGGAACUGGAGAAGGAAUUGGACAUCCUCCUUCAGGACACCACCAAAGAACCUUUGGACCUGCCCGACAACCCCCAUGAGACGCUUUAUACCAACAGUGUGCCUAACCCUAGGAUCUCGGAUGCUGAACUUGAAGCUGAACUUGAGAAACUGUCCUUAUCAGAGGGAGGUUUGGUCUCAAGCAGUAAAUCUCCAAAAAGGCAAUUGGAACCAGCUCUCUAAAGCCAUUGAAGGACCCUCAACGAAGGACCCUCAUGUAAAAGAGAGACCAGCUUUGUGUGUGUACAUAGUAAUUUAAAUGAGAAACAUUCAGAAUUUAUUGGAAGAGGAGGAAGGAGCCGCACUGAUGUGUCUGGAUGCUCCCACUUACAACAGGACAGAUGAUUUCUGGAAGCGAUGCUCCGCAGCCUUGCUCCAGCUGGUGUCAUGGACCUGCCUUCUCAUCUUUAUAGUGCCACAAUUUAUACAGUUCUGUGUUUGACCUGUCGUCUCAUAGCCUGCAGUUCUUGCCAUUGGCUCAGUUAGGUUUGUCUUCACCCACCAGCUGCCAGCGAAGGUGAAAGCUGUGCGGCUCUGCCAAGUUGGUCCUCUCCCAGCCCCGCGGCUUUCGAGAGGGAUGUAUGCUCUCGUCCUGUCUGUUAAACAACUUCCUCCCGUCCUUCUCUAGCUUCAUUGGUAAUGAGAAUGGACACCAAACACACGGUUUAUUUGGGGGGACUUAACAGCUGCUGCUUCGUGGAGAAACAUAGAGUGUACGAGAUUUUUUUCCCAGGGUUGUCAUAUUCUCCAGGUGUUCAGAAAAAGGUUGUGCCGGAGUGGCUCAGGGUGUGACAGCCGGCUGGGGGCUCCGGUGAUUGGCGAACACAGCCUCUUCCGUUGUAAGCAGAAGAUCUGCUGGCAGGGCAAGGUUAUUCCUGCUCUUUUGAAUGUGAGUGGGGAAAAGCCCAGGUGACUACACAGCUCCCAAGGUGUCUGAAGCCUGUUUUUUUUAAAGAGGCAAAGUUUUUGCUUUGGCCCCACCAUGGGAUAACUUAAAAAUAUAUAUACACAUAUAUAUAUUUUCCAGAACAAGCCACACAAUACCAGACCUCCCCUUCCUGAGCCUGGCACACACAAACAGGCUCCCUGUUUAAAUCUGGAAAGCAGUUUCACAGUCCACUGCUCAGGGAGGGCCUCUGAGCCAGGAUGUGCAAUAGGAGCGGGUGGCUGUGGCCCUCUGCUGGAUCCUCCGCGUGCUUCCCCGCCCCGCCCCGCCCCUCGAGGUCCCAUCUUCCCACUUCCUUUGAUGAGUUGGGGAGGGGGCUGUGAGGAGCAGGAAGGAGAGGGUCUGAAUGCUCCGGCAAGGGGGAAAAAAGAUGACCGCCACACUGCCACUUGCUGCCAGGUACAAGGAAUCUGCCUGGGCCCUUUGCCCGGCCCCUCCUGCUUGGGGUGGAGGAGAACAGAGGAGAGGAACUGGCCUCAGGCCAGGCGCUCCAAUCAUUGUUCAACGAAUUUCUCUCCCAUUCCACCUUGGUAAACAGAAAUGUUGGGGGUGAAGAGAAACAAUCACUAUUUUUUUCUUUUUUAUCUGGUAAAUAAUUAAAAGAGAGAACCCUA